CUACCUCUCUCAACCCCUCCACCCCCCACUGCCUUUUAUUCUCACACACUCCUCAACUGACUUCUCGAAAGGAUAGGAGGGAAAGAAAAUGAGAGGUGUGUUUCAGACCGCUAUGCAGAGCAGAUCUGGAUAGGCUGUGGGAGUGAAAGAGGGAGGGAGGGUGAGAGAGAGAGGGAGAGGGAAGUUACAGUGCUGUGUUAUUGCUCUCUACCAUUCCCUCUCUGACCUGAAGAACUGAAAGCAGAGAGAGAUAGGGAGAGUGAGAGCAGAGCUUGAGAUGGCUUUUGGCACAAGUCAGUAGCCAGCACAAGCGGACACCACAAGUGGACCACACGAGCCAAAGGAUAUCAGUGGAUACUUUACUGCCUUAGUGCCUUUUCUCUAGGAUUACCCUUGCUGUGGCUACUAAUUGCUCAAACCUGGGGACAACACAACAGCAGGUAGAAGAUGAGGUCCAAAAGCAGCGGGGUGGAGAGCCCAGCCAAUGGGGUGCUUGGGGUUCCACAGGGUGACCAUGACAUCAGCCAAGAACAGGAGGUGGGUCUGCCUGUGAAGAGCCUGAAGGCCAAAGUUCAGCAGAAGGAGGGCGAGGAUAAUGUGGAGGUGGAGGUGAUCUCUGACAAAGAGAAGCUGCUGCUUGAUUCCCCCGAGGCUGGUGAUAAAAGAGGAGACAUCAUGGAUCUGUCCAAGGAGGAUCUGCUGAAACUGCUGGGGAUCAUGGAAGGGGAGGUUCAGGCAAGAGAAGAUGUUAUCUGCAUGUUAAAGUCCAAACAGACUGUUUCAGAGGAUCUUGAAUCACGUUAUGGCUCUGCAGCUCCUGGCUCGGCCCUCCAGGCCCUGCAGAGGGACGACUUCAUCGCUGGCAGGGAGCCGCAGGACCCCAGUGUCUACCAAAAGCCUAUGGUUGAGCUGGACCGUCUGCAGGAGAAGCACAAGGAGACGUACAGGAGGAUGCUGGGUCAGUUGCUGCUGGCCGAAAAGUGCCAUCGACGCACCGUCCAUGAGCUGGACACAGAGAAGCGCAAACACGCGGACUACAUGAACAAAAGCGAUGACUUCACCAACCUUCUGGAGCAGGAGAGGGAAAGACUGAAGCGGUUGCUUGAGAACGAGAAGGCCUACCAGGUAAAGAAGGAGAAGGAGCACUCUAAACGUCUGGCCAAGGUGCGGGAGGAGCUGGUCAAGCUGAAGUCAUUUGCCCUGAUGUUAGUCAAUGAGCGCCAGCAGCACCUGGAGCAAAUGGACCAACAGAGCCAGCGGGCCCAGGAACUCAGCCAGCAGCUCCAGCAGUGGGAGCAGGCAGUGAGUGAAGCCAAGGAGCGUGCUAGAGAGGAUGGCCACAGGGUCCUGAGCCUGGAGGCUGAGCUUAAAGAGAAAUCCGCCAAGCUCACCCAACAACAUGACGAGAUGAGUGCCAAGCUUGCCAGUCAGGAGAUCCACAACCGUCAACUUAAUGCCAAACUUGUAGGGCUUACGCAUAAAGUGGAGGAGCUGGAGGAGAGUAACACGGCCUUGAAGAAAUCUGAGGAGGAGCUGCAAGAGCUGAGGGAGAAGAUCGGCAAAGGCGAGUGUGGCAACUCCAACUUGAUUACUGAGUUGGAGAACUUGCGGAAACGAGUGCUGGAGAUGGAGGGAAAGGAUGAGGAGAUUACCAAGACUGAAAAUCAGUGUAAGGAGCUCAGAAAGAGGAUACAAGAGGAGGAUAGUAAGAGCAAAGACCUAAGGCUGGAAGUGGAGAAGCUCCAAAAAAGAAUGAUGGAGUUAGAGAAACUUGAGGGUGCAUUCAGCGUAAGCAAGGCUGAGUGUGCACAGUUACACACUGCUCUAGACACAGAAAAGGGCCUCACCAAAGAGCUCUCAGAUGAAGUUGUAGCUCUCAGGAUCCGUAUGAAAGAGGUGGAGUCUUCUGAACUCAAGUUAGAAAAGUCUGAGCUGAGCCUUAAGGAUGACUUGAGUAAGCUCAAAUCACUGACUGUUGCUCUGAUGGAAGAACGAAAGACCCUGAUGGAAAGAAUGAAGUCAGACGAGAAGAAGAAGGAGGAUUUGGGCAAGAUGGUCAAAGUUGAGCAGGGUAAAGUUAUGGAGGUGACUGAGAAACUGAUAGAGGAAAGCAAAAAGCUCUUAAAGUUGAAAUCAGAGAUGGAAACCAAAGUAGAGACUCUAACCAUAGAAAAGGGGGAGCUGAGCACGAAGCUAGCCUAUGAAAUUGAUAAAACUAAAGAUCUUAAUUCUAAGGUCAGUCAAAUGAAAAAGAGGUUAGAUGGGUUCGAGCAAGCAGAAAAGCUAUCAGUGAAGAAUUCAGUGAAAUGCGAACCAGGAAGACUGUCUGACCCCGUCAAAAGAGAAGACAACAAAGUUAAGGAGCUGACAUUUGAAAUUGAGCGCCUGAAAAAGCGUCUCAAACAACUUGAAGUAGUCGAGGGAGAUUUGAUCAAAACCGAGGAUCAGUACGACAUGUUAGAGAAAAAGUUCAUGACCGAACAAGACAAAGCCAACAUUCUUUCCCAACAGGUGGAGGAAAUGAGGGGUCAGAUAGCACGGAACAAAGCAAUUGAGAAAGGAGAGGAGGAAAGCCAGGAAGCAGACCUACGACAGCGAUGCAAAAGAGAGGAGGCCAAAACCAGGGAACUACAGGCAGAUGUUGUAGCCCUCAAGGAGAAGAUCCAUGAACUGAUGCACAAGGAAGACCAACUUUCUCAGCUCCAAGUGGAUUACUCUGUCUUGCAGCAGAGGUUCUUGGAGGAAGAGGAGAGAGCCAAGAACAUGGGCACUGAAGUUUUCCAUCUCACCAAAGAACUGGAGGUAGCAAAGCGUCACAGUCGAGCACUAAGGCCCAGUUUGAAUGGGAGGAGAAUGGUGGAUGUUGCUGUGACUUCCACUGGGGUGCAGACAGAGGCAGCAUCCACUGGGCCAGCAGAGGAGGAUACCCCAGCCGUGUUUAUCAGGAAGUCUGUUCAAGAAGAGAAUCACAUCAUGAACAACCUCAGACAGAAGUGCCUGAAGAAACCAACAGAGAAGAGUGGUAUUGAGCGUUGCCCCUCAUCUGGUAGCGACCUUGGUGUGAAGAAAUCCUGGAUUCCCUGGAUGAGGAAAAAGGAUAACACCCCUCAAGAGUCCAACUUGGGGAAGCAUCUGCAAAUCAAUGGAGAUCAUUUGCCUUCUCAACUGACCAUGUCCCAAAAGCAAGGGCAGCCUUUGCAUAUCCGUGUAACACCUGACCACCAAAACAACAUGGCCACUCUUGAGAUCAGCAGCCCCACUGCUGAGGAUGCUUUCACUAGCUCAGCCCCCCUCAGUCCCAACCCAGCUCAACCUAAAUCCAGGAUCACAAUCAUUCCCACCUACUCUGCUCCAACUAACAAGAGAAGGUCCACCACUGGACCUCAGGGUCCUGAAAGAGCCAAGUCUCCAGUCACCAUCACAACGAUAUCCAGAGCAAAGUCUCCAGAAAGCACCCGAGUCCCCUCCUCUGCCUCGGGAAGGCCCUUGUCCCCUGUCUCUAUCAUGACAGUGAGCACUGCCAUAGUGCCUGAAGCAUCUGCUUCCCCAGAACCUCAGGAGAUGACCAUGGGCCGAGCUGUUUUCAAGGUCACCCCCGAGAAGCAGAUGGUCCCAAUGCCUAUUAGGAAGGGCCACAACAACACCAGCAUCAUCACCACCACAGACGAUAACAAGAUCCACAUUCAUCUCGGCAACAGCAUGACCCCUAAGAUGGUAGUCAGGCCAGUGACUGCUGCAACGGAGAGCAAGGAAAUGACCUUAUCAACUGGGACGGUUUUACGCUCCCCUCGCCAAAUCACCACCACUGCCACCAGGAGCACACAGAGCAAAGUGAUGAGCACUAUCACUAUUUCCCCUGUUGCAUCCACCACUCCAAGACACACACAAAGCAUGACUGGGCAAGAUGCCCAGCCGCCUCGCACAGGGCUGACCCGCAUCCCAAUGUCCAAGAGCCUGAAGACGGGAAAGGCUGUGCUGGGAUCCCUGGGGAUCGCGGGUGGAGUGAAGCUGGAGUCACGAGCUGAGAGUCAGUCUAUGAGGAUAGAAGUUAAAAAAUCCACUGUGAAUAACAAUACUUUACACAAUGGGGGAAAAGCCUGACAUAAUAGCACCCACAAAAUACUCAAACAUAAUUAAAUAUGGUGCUUCAGUGGGAUUAAAACAAAACCCACAGAAAAGGCUCUGAAGUCUCAAUACAACCAGAGAUUACAUGGCACAGAGGCAUUGUUUUGUAAUUAAAUAAGCCAUUUCUAAUUUUUGUAAAGUCUUUUGUACUUGCCUGUCUCAUAUCCAUUUCUGACAUUUAGAUGGAAACAUUUUCUCUGUAUCUACAGCGUGUAUUGUGAUGGACAUUUGGGUUAAAUAUUAUAUCACACUUGCUGCUACUAACUGUGUCUUGCUUUGAGUGGUUGUCUCACAUAUAAGGAAUUUGUUGAUACGAUUUUAUAAGGACACAUUGUAAGUCAAACUUCUUGUUUUCAUGUAAAUGAUGUUUAUUUUUUCUGUAAAGGAUUUGUACUGAAAUGUAUUUUAAAUAAAUGUGAUUUCAAAGGGUA